GAUCGUUGGUUGUGGAGGAUCGUCGCGUCCGCACAGAACCGCACGCGAGUUUGACUGUUGUUUAUGCGCAUUGCCUUUGAAUUGUCUUUUCUGUGGCUUCCGUGAAUUCUGUGGCUUGCAUCUGUGUGGAUGAGCAGUGUAGUCAAAGCAAUGAUUAAUAUUUUAUUGUACGCAGAACAUCAUUUCGAGUGGAUUCUCCUUUGUAGUGCCCAAAUUACAACCGUAUAGUUUAUGUGUUUUGUCGAGUGGCAAAAACAUGUGUAUGUGAAUUAAAUGUUUGUGAUCAUAGUGCAUGGAAUUUUGGCUGAGUGAAAAAAAAAAGAGAAAUAAUUCAGCGCGUCUUGGAGUUCAUCCUCUUUGAUUUCAUCACAACACCGACCAUCGUCUAUUUUGGACUGGCAGCAGACCAGAGAGCAGACUAGUGAAAAUAUUAUUUCCUCGUUGUAUAAAUAAUAUUUGUGUUGUAAGAAAGUGCUGCAGGCAACAACACUAAGUACAGUUUUGUUGCACACCAAAAUCUACACAUCAAACCUCUGGAUAAUUUCAUCGGAACAUGAUGCCGGCAAUCCCCUUCGCCACUGGACGUGAUGGGUAUUUGUGAGGAGUGGUGACGACCAGUGUCCGGGAAGAUGACCUCUCUCCGCAAAUCCGCAUCCUUCCGAUCUCGCAUACCUGUUCGACGCGCUAAAGUGCCUCUUCGCCGAUGUAGCAGUCCUCAGCCGGUUUCCUCCUGGGGACACAAGACUCAUCACUACUGGCCACCGGAACAGCGCCGCUACUCGUCCUCAUCCAGCUACUCCAGCAGUGAUGAGAGUGAGGAAUCUGAAGCUCCACUGCAGCGUCUUCUGAGACAAUCCGCUUCAGCCCACUACAUGCCACACACAAUGGCGACAUCCACGGACGCACUCAGCCUCGACGGCCUCUUGGAUUCUGUGAGCAGCGGCGGCAGUUUUUCCAGUCCACCAAACACUCCGAAGAAAUUGCAGCAACAUCAUGCUGAAGAUUGUGAGUUGUACGAGAGCACCCAUUUGAGCUGUGAUUCACUGGAAAGGUACAACAGUGCUCUGGAGACACUGAAGCUCACCCACGAUGCGAAGCAGACGGUGUUUUCGAGCACACCAGACACAAUCAAUCAGGGAUCUCAAGUCCCACCGAGUCGGGCCACCACCCGGCGGGGUCCCUUCCAUCUCAACGAGGCAGACCUCGAGGCCGAUGACGCGGAGCGACAGCAGCGUCUCGAGCAUCUGGAGAAGCAGCGCAAAUUGAGUGAUUGGUACUACAUUAAGACCAGCCCGAAGCCGAGGCAACCGCAAUUGAGCCCCAAGAGGGGUGACUCAGAGCUGAGGAGAAAGAAGUUGUGUCAGAUGGAUGGGGGCAGCCAGAGGCUGAGGCACCCGCCCCUGGCUCCCUUCCGGAGCCUCCAUCCCAGUGACAGUGACAGGAACUCGUGCGGUGUUCCGCCCUACGGAGUGCAAUAUCAAAGUGAUCGCAUUGUGGACAGAUCCCCAAUGAUGCGUCGCUGGCAUCAGGCGCGCUUCGGUGAGGUGAGCUCGAGUAGCUUCGAGCAUGUGAACAUGGGAAGCUACCCCAUUCACUCCCGCAAGCGUCUCAGCAGCGUGCACAAUUUGUACGAGAACACGACGCCGAGGGAGUCGAGGCAGGACAAAUUCAUAAAUGGGCCAUCGAGACCGCUGCCUAUGCUGCCACUGUCCUCACCAAAACCUGAGCAGUACUAUCCGCCAAAAACGACCUCAUACCAAAGUGAAUGCGAACUCUCCGGAUCGUAUGUGUCCCUGGAGUGUCCUUCGCCUCCGGGUCCACCGGCAUGCCUUCCUGAAUCCCGACGGGAUCCGCAAUCGAGGCUGAGUACAUUCUUGAAGACACUGUAUCUUGAGCUAGCUUUAAAGGAGCCUCUAGUGCCGGGAUGGGCGCAACCAGUUGCUCCUGGCGCACUCAGUGCAGCACGACUAGAGCCAGAGCUGCGACUGCACAUGCAAUCGCACGGGACAAAUGAAAUCAUAUCUGUGGAUCAGUUGCUGACGCCAAUUCAGACAAAAGAUGGACCAUUUCUGGAGGCACCGCGAAGAGUGCUGGUGGAAUGUCCCACGUGGGCGAUUCACAGCACAUUGGCGCUUCGUAUCUUGCAUGCGUGGUCGAGAGACCAUCCAUGGCCGCAGCGUGGCACCCCCGUGGCCGUGGCCAUCUUCAUUCCGCUGGCCGAGCUCAAGGGCAGCAUCUCCAACUAUGUGGCCAAAGAGCUGCUGCCCAAGGGACCAUCCAAUCCAUUCGCUGGCGGCUUCGGCGGCUUCAAUUCCGCCUGGAAUUCGCUAUCCAGCCUCAAGGCCAAGCUGCUCUUUGUUCUGGAUGGGUACGACACUCCACGUGGAUCACCAAAGAGAAAGGGCAAAACGCUGCCCGCCGAUGUGAUAGAUCUUCUGGAAGGACGCUUGUUUCCAGAUGCGCGAAUUGUAGUUAUUAGUGUUGCUACGAAUUGCACCGAUCUGCUGCCCAUGAUGCAGCGCCAUGUCACGUACGAGGGCUUGAGUUGGGGUAGGUCGGCCUCCUUGCUUGGAGGUGGCCAGUGGGGAGCGCCGUCGAGACUCUUGGACAUCGUGCAGCAGUACCAAGCACUGCGAAGUGCCGUCCGGACGACGAUUGGCUGCCUGGCCAUUGCUUCCAUCUACGAAGCCAACGGAGGAGAUCUGCCUACUGAAGAGAUCGACGUGGUGGAGUCUGUAAUCAAUUGCGUGGGAUCGGAAUCGUCGGCUAAUAAUGCAGCUGAAUUGGGUCGAUUGGCUCUGUUCACGCUUAAGACUCGUCGUUCGUCCGUAACAACCUCCGAAAUACGAAUGUACUGCUCGAGUCCGGACUCCACGAUUCUCGGAUGUCUAGAGAAAGCACCACUGUUCGGACGCACGGCAAGGCGGAAAGGGGAGAGCCACUAUACGGCAGUGUGUGCGGGGGUGGCCGAAUUUCUGGCCGCCAGCUACUUAGCCUCCCUCGCCAAUCGACCGGGCUUGUUGGCUGCCGAGAUAGCCGGACUGUCGCUAGGUGACGAAAUUGAUGCGGAAAUGCUGAAAAUUCUUACAUUCUCCAUGAGUUUGCUGGGCGGCAGAGCGCACAUUCUGCUGUCCAAACUCACCCCUCUGUGGCUCAGUCCUCAGACCAUUUUCUCCCUCGCCAUUGCCGGCGGUGAGUCCGACACCAAUUUAAAUGCCUUAUGUGACUUACUGGGAAUUUCAAAAUCGCCCCCUGUGUCGCCACUCGAGAUGAGGCCCAUCUGGGUGCAAAUCCGCUCCACGCCGACGGAACUGAGGGGCUGGGGCAUGGCGCUCAAGAGCCCCAGUUGCACACUGCGAAAUCUUGAGUUGGCGUAUCAGAUGGAGAAGCACACCAUCCACGAUGCACGCAACGGCAUGGACCACUUCCUGGACGCCAUCGUGUGCAACGACAGCGUCACGACCCUGAGGAUAUCCUCGCUCAUUGAGAUAGAUGCCAAAGAGACUGAAAUUGGACACUUGGCCAAUUGUGUUGCCAAAGCCUUAACAAAGCCCAAACUGGAGUCAUUUGAAUUGAUCCUCACGCUGCUCGAGGAGGAUCCACCGGUGCUCAAACUUCAGGCUGUUGUCUCGGCUCUGUGUCGUUCAAUACCACGUCAGCCCAAACUCACUGCCAUCCUGCUCGACUUGGGGCUCUGCACAUCACAGCUAGUGCAAUUGUGCAGCAUUCUCGAGAAGUGUCCUCAGAUUACUCGAGUUUCGUUGCCACAUUUGCGAUGCGAAAGGGGAGCUGUUGGAGCAUUGGCCGCUCUCCUGACAAAUCGACCCAUCACUUCACUGGCUCUGCCCUCUUGCUGGGGCGCUCGCGAUGACCCACCAUCAUCCAGUGGUGUCAGUAUGGGUUCUGGCAGUGGCAGUAGCACUGGAACUUCGGGUCUCAUCAAACAAUCAUCUCUCACUGGUGCUCCGUCGCCUCGGGCUUAUCCGCCAGGCCUCUUUUCCUCACUACCGCGCGGAGUUCUGCCUCCGCCAAGUAGUAUGGGUCGAUCUGCCACUCUUCCUCGACAGCCUAUGGAGUUGCCAGCGGACAAGCGCAGCUCGGACUCUGUUGUUUCCUCUAAGCCAUGGUAUCCGACUCCCGCAUGCGAAGGAGGUCCUCACAAUUCAGGGACACUGCAUGAUCUCUUCCUAACCAUCCGAGAACCGUAUUCUCGGCUCAAUGGACUGGAUCUUAGCAAAGCCCAACUGUCUCUCGAGGACGCCAUGUGCCUUGGUGAAACCGUGCGGAUCUCCACAACGCUGCACUCCUUGAAGAUCGAAGGCGCGUCCCGUUUGAGUGAAAUCCUACCAUCAGUUUUGGGUGCUAGUGAGUCUCCGUGUCUCCAAAUGAUGAGCAUCGGCUCACCGAGACUCGCACUCGAAGACGGUGCCAUCGCCAUGUCGUCUCGAGCUCUGGCCAACUGCUCAACCCUCAAGCUGCUCAGCAUUGAGGGUUGGAGCUUCCGAAUAGAGUCGGCAGCAUCACUGAGCGCCCUCAGGGCAUUCCUCUCGUUCACCUCCAUCCGGGAAUUGGGACUCUCCAACUGUCGCCUCCACUUGCCCAUCUUCAAGAGUGACGCCAUGCCCCAACCCACGUACGAGUGCCGAUCGGUGGUGGUUAUUAAAAUUUCAGGCGCACAGGUAAUUCUCGGCGACCACAUAAUUCUACGUGGCCCUCAGCUUCUUCCCCACAUCGGUGGCUUUCCCUGUCUCAGGGAGCUUGAUUUAUCCUCUCCGGCUCGAUCUGGACUCGGCGGCACAACAUCUCCACCCCUCAUCAUGGAUGACAAGUGUGUAAUUACAUUCUUUCAGACUCUACAUUUGCAGUUUAGUUUGCUAAACACUUUGAAAAUGUGCAACUGGAUUCUUCAUCUCGACGAUGCUGCCAAGACACUGAAGACGGUUUCAAAGUCCCUGCGAAAUAGUCCGCUGAGCCACAUAAAGGUUGAUGGAAUUUCUGUGUUGGAUCGCGUGAAGAAGAACCGCAUUGAGCCACAAUUUAUGCACAUAUUGUUCGCCGCUGUGCCCCAACUCAGGUGGAUGGGCGUGAGCCUGUCGGGCAUGAGAGAGGAUCAGAUUGCGGCCAUCGGAGCGGGUGUUCUUGAUUUGAAGGGGAAUGAGAUUGACAUCAGGCUCAGCGAUUCAACCAUCGAGAACGCAAGAUUAAUGACGCAAGCCAUCGGAUUGGAUGGGAAAUUUGAUAUUCGUGUUUCGACAUUCGGCACAUCAACGGGAAUCCUGAUUCAUGUGGAAAAGGCGGGCAACAAGAGUUUGUCACGUAAGAGGAAGGAUUGAGGCCAACACGACGUUUCGCUCAAGAUUUCAUCACUCACAUAGACAUACGGCACGCAUAUUACAAUAGGAAAUACUCUUAAAUAUUCGUCCCCAUCCAUAGCGAAUUUGUCUCUCUCGCAAAGUUAAUUUGAGGGGGUGGAACAGCCCCCGAAACCUCCACUCUAUAAUGUAUUAAACUGUAAUUUAAAUAGUAAGUCCCAGCGAUGCGCGACACAAUUGAAAAGCCUUUUGUUCCCAACUUUCACGUCUACUCUCGAUGCAAAGGACAUUGUUAAGGUAAGAAAUUGCUCAUUUUCUGCAAAUAUAUCCUGUGUGGAUAUAACUUUUGGAGUGUGCAUAUAUUGUUAGAGAGACAGAGAGGUAAGUAAGUGUUGAUAAAAAUUAAAUUUGGCAGAAAGCGAAUGGAUGCACUAUGAAAUAGUGAAAAUAAAAUUACACUCCUAUACAUACAAGUGGUAUAGUAACUGUUUAAUUAAAUUAAAUGUUAAUCAAAUAGAAUUUAUAUAUUAUAUAUAUAAAGGUAAAAUGUGAAAAAUUUUACAGAGAAUAAUUGUUGCUAGAAAUGGAGUAAAUUAAACCCAACAAUUUGAAUAAUACAUGAAUAAUCAUUUGAUAUAUAAAAAAAAAUAUGGUUAAUAAGUGUUGAGAAUAUUUAAUAGAUAGAAUAUUGAAAAUUUUUGACAUAGAGAGAGAAAGAGAGAAAAUUUAUUUAUGUAUAGUGGUUUUUGGUUCGAAAUUGUUGACUGAAUUGAUGGUGAGAAAAAAAAUUGAAAAUUUUAACUAGAAAACACAGAGAAAUAUUAUGAAUGUGAAAUGAUGGAAAAUGCGAUGUAGAAAUUUACAUAUCCAGAACCAAUAUUGAUUUUCUUUAUACGAAAAUUUGUUUUCUCACGGGAGAAGCAAAGCAUAUAUACUAAAAAUAUCCCCCUCAUUUUACAAUUGUUAUUCUAAUAUUUUAUAUUAUAUAAAUGGCUGUGUGUACUGAAAAAUAAAUAACACUUAUCGUUUGAAUGCUCAAUCACUUUAAAUACAUUUUAUUAAUUUAUACACUAAGAAAGAGAAAUGAAUAUUCACAUGUAAGGACAAUAUUUAAGAUGAUAGAGGCAAAUGUGUUGCGAUAAUUGUAUUCAAGUAAAUUAUAAAAUGGAGAAUUGUAGGCAUUACAAUUGAUUGUGUAAAUUGAUGGAACACCUCAGAAAUUUUCAAUGACUUUUAGUAUUGCAAAGCAAAAAAGGUGAAA